CGUGCCGGACUUUGUGAUUCACGUACAGCGACGACGUCAAGUCGCAGGCUUUGUGCAGCUCGCGACGACACCGAGUCCCGAAGUCUCUCUCCCAAAUAUGGACGAGGAAUGUCCAGGAUGACGUCGCGUGUCCGGGGAAUGCGGGGUUUGUAACCACAUUUAUUUAACUACGCCUUCUUCCAGUCUGAGGUCCUGCUCGGCAUUACACAGGAAGAGAGCCGUGUAGGAAAAAAAGAAACGGGACGCCCUCUUCCUCCUCCUCCUCCUCCUCCUCCUCCUCCUCUCUUGGCGGAUAACGGUGUCUAAGAAGUUAUUCAGGACCGCGCAGACAAUAGCAGCGACACUGCUCUAUCUUGCGGGCUUUGAUACGCUCCCAUCACUACUUAUGAAUGCUGUCCGCGUCCGUAUUGUGUCACACAAAGAGGAAAACAGUCGGCUGAAAUCACAUCAUGGACGAUCUGGGAGUGCCUGAGCCACCUAACUACCCUCUCAGUCCGCGUAUUGUUGUGUUUGAUGCCCUCCUUGCUGAUCUGGAGAACACCGGCUCUCCUCUGGCUCGAUGUCCUGUCCUGCUCACCUCUGAACCUCCACAAAAUGCUGAACCUGAUACUAAAGAGUCCACUCAAACGCGGCCGCCGCCGCCCGCCUACACCCCACAGCAGACGGUUUCUGCAGCAAUGAAAUCUUCCCAAAACUCCAACCCAGACAAAUUAUACAGCACAGUGUGUAAACCGCGGUCUCCACGGACAACAGAUCCUCCGCCGGCCUUCUCCUCCUCCUCGCUGCUGGGAGGAGGUCUGAGUGAACUGGACCAUCUGUUACAGGAGCUGAAUGCCACCCAGUUUAACAUCACAGAUGAGAUCCUGGCCCAGUUCCCUUCUUCUAAGAAAGAUGAGAGGGACAAGAUCAAGGAUAAGGUCACAAGCUCCUCCUCCAGCUCUGCGAAGCCUUCAGCAACAUCGGCCACACUGGAAUUGGACAAACUGAUGGCUUCUCUGUCCGACUUCAGAGUCCAGAGCACACCAGCUGUUCCUGUCAAUCCAGUGGUAACAGCACCACAGCAGCCCACCCCUCCACCACAGGCCUCUUCCGGCGGCUCGUUGGACAGCAUGCUAGGGCUGCUUCAGUCGGACCUGAGCCGACAAGGAGUUCAAACAUCCUCCAAAGGAAACUGUUCAGCUUGUCAAAAGCCGGUUGUAGGACAGGUGGUCACGGCUCUUGGGAAGGUGUGGCACCCAGAGCACUUUGUGUGCACUGAGUGCGAGACAGAGUUAGGCAGUCGCAACUUCUUUGAGAAGGACGGACGGCCGUACUGCGAGUCGGACUACUUCACCCUGUUCUCCCCUCACUGUGCGCAAUGCAACAAGCCCAUUUUAAAUAAAAUGGUCACCGCUCUGGAUAAGAACUGGCACCCAGAGUGCUUCUGCUGUGUGAAGUGCAGCCGAGCGUUUGGGGAGGAAGGUUUCCAUGACCGUGAGGGACAGCAAUACUGCCAGCAGUGCUUCUUGACUCUGUUUGCUUCCCGCUGUCAAGGCUGCAGCCAGCCCAUCCUGGAAAACUACAUCUCAGCUCUCAACUCUCUCUGGCACCCACAGUGCUUCGUGUGUCGGGAGUGCUACAGCCCCUUCGUCAACGGCAGCUUCUUCGAAAACGAGGGUCAGCCGCUGUGUGAGGCCCAUUACCACCAGUCCCGUGGCAGCAUGUGUCAGGCCUGCCAGCAGCCGAUCUUGGGCCGCUGCGUCACCGCCAUGGGGGCCAAGUUCCACCCUCACCACCUUGUGUGUCACUUCUGCCUGAAGCCCCUGAGCAAAGGCUGCUUCAAGGAGCAGGAGAACAAGCCCUACUGCCACCCCUGCUUCAUCAAACUCUUCGGUUGAGGACACAACAGGACUUUGCCUCCCGCUCCUCCUCUGGGUCGCCAAGUGAAGAAGCUGUCUGACUCUGAAUUCUCAAUUUGUUUGUUUUUUAUUGUGGGAAUGAGGGUGGAGCUGGUCUCUUUCUUGGUUUUAAGAGUAUUGAAGUUGAUAGGCCGAGGGGGAGUAACAACAGAGAAUCAUUCAACCCAAUUCAUUUCAGUUUAUUUCACAUAAACGUGGAAUGCAUUUUGACUUGCAGUGUGAAAUACAACUCAUUGGUUAGACUAAUACAAAAGGAUUCCAAAUGAUUUUGUCAUGUAUGAAUACUGUAUUGAUUCAAAUUGAAUAUUGAAAAUUGAAAUCUUUUGCCAAAGGUAGAAAAGAAACAGUAUAUUUAGGGCAAAUGUAUUGUUUCAGUGAAGGACUUCUGCAAAAAAAUCCCCUUUAAUAUAUUUGCUUUUUAUUGCAAAAAUUAUAAGUGCCACUGCAAUUACAUUUCUAUAUUAUAUGUUGACUGCUAUAUGCUGUAUGUUUUGUGUAAGCUCUCAUAUGUUUAAUGGCAUAUAUUUUGCAUUAUACCUUCACUAUUGCUCUAUGCAAUUUGCCAAAAACAAUUCCAAAGAAUGAAAUAAAGGAGAACACAAUUGUUA